AUGUCAUUAUCUUGGUUAUCUUCAAAAUUGGGAGGUAAUUUCAAAUCAAAGAAUAAUGAUAAUGAUUCAAGUGGAAAGACAAGUGGCAUUACAUCUAGUAUCACUGCAUUUGGUAGAAGUCUAAGUAAGAGUGAUCUAGAUGUAAAUGAUCAAUAUGAUAACAAUGCAAUCGGUAUUCUCUCGAGUUCAAGCGUAUCGUCUGGCAAUACCUCUGGAGGGAGCCCUAAUGGUCACACCAACCAUAGCAAUACACAAUCUUUGUCGUCGUCGUCAUCUACGUUGGACAUGUCGACACUAAGUGUCGGUGCAAGAGAAUUGAUCGAUGUUUCCCUGGAACCUUUUGUAAGAACACCCAGUGGAUGUCUGAUCGAUCAUCUUGUCAACUUGUUUGGAAUCGGUACAGACACCAACUGCUAUGCCAAUGGUGCAGAGAUCUACGAUCGAUUCCAUCACCCAUUCAAAUUCAUCAAGUUCAAGGCAUUCACAUCGGCAUGCGCAAUCGAUAACAACUCACAAUGGGACAGACAAUACGUUGACAGAGUAGUAAAGUUAACAAGACAAUUGAAAUCAACUUAUCCAAUUGGUAAGAGUAUAUUGUCUGCAAUUGAUAAGAGAUAUAGUGAAGAAGGACAAGAGAUGAUGAAAAUGACAGGAUUAUAUGUACCAAAUGAUUAUUUACUUGAUAUUGUACAGGAUUUCUCUGAUUUAUUUAUUCCAUGUAUUUCAAUUCACCCCUAUAGAAAAGAUGCAAUCGAUGAACUUUUGAAAUGGAUAGUUAAAGGUGUUCGUUUCGUUAGAUGGUUACCAAUAUCAAUGGGUAUUGAUAUGAGUAGUGAAUUAUGUGUACCAUUCUAUGAAGCAUUGGUUGAAAAUGAUAUUAUAUUGUUUGUACAUGUUGGUAAUGAACAUUCAUUGAUUGAACCACCAGAUUCAAAUUCAGCACUUGGCAACCCACUACUUCUCAAAAGAGCAUUGGAUAUCGGUGUCAAAAUAGUUGGUGUACAUUGUGGAGGUGAAGGAAAAUCUGUGGAUUUCGAUGAUCCAAAACAAACUAUUACACCUAAUUUACAUUUAUUUUUAAGACUUAUGCACGAAAAGAAAUAUGAAGAUAAUUUAAUUGGAGAUCUAAGUGGUGUUAUAGCUUAUAAUAGAGUUGAUAGUUUGGUGCCUAUGCUCGACCACCACUACCUACACCAUAGAUUUAUAUAUUCAAGUGACUAUCCGAUACCAGCAGUCAAUCUAGCCGUGAUAACCACACUUUUGGCCAACAGAGGAUUGAUCACACCAGACGAACGUAAUCUAGUAAAUGAAAUAUAUAAAUUCAAUCCAAUUCUAUUCGAUAUCGUAUUGAAAAGAAUCAUUAGAUCACCAAUAACCGGAAAUAGAUUUAAUUUAUCAAUAUUUAAGGAGAAUAAGUUUUUUGAAUCAAGUAUACAUGGUGAUUUUAAUCAAAGUAAUUCAAAUAUAAUUCAACCAUUGAAAAAGCAAUCAGCACAACAGUCACCUGUACAGUUAUCAUAUGAUUCACCGAUAUUAGAUUUGGUUAAUUUGAAAGAUGAUGACUUUGAAUUGGAAGAGUAUACUGAUUUCUAA